AUGAAAAUUUUCAGUAAUGGAGCGUUGAACCAUAUUUUUAGACAUAACUUUAUCAGUGGAAGUAAUUUUCAUUAUUUAUUUCAGGUUGUUUUUACAUAUAUGAUACCUUUAAACAAUAAGUGCUAUCAAAAAAAUUUUCAAUUAAAAAGCUUUUUCAAAAGGAAAGUUUAUACUUCUACAUUUAAAAAUAAGGAGGAUAAAUGCAAAGUGAAUAUUAAUCAAAUCAGUUUAAAUGAAAAAAUCAUAAAAUUUGCAGAAUCCUUAGUAAAGAAAUACAAUGAUCUUAAGCAACAAAUGCUACUCGUGAAAGAAUUAGAUUCCAUAGAAUCACUAAAUAAAAAAAUUAUAAAUCUAGAACCUAUUACGAUUUCUUUGAAAAAAUAUCAGAAAUCCUUGCUUAUGAUUGAUAAACUCAAACAAUUAAAAUAUGAAAGCGAAGACUAUGAAAUGAUCGAACUUGCAAAAGAAGAAAUUAGAAAAGAAGAAACGUUAUUGAAAAAAUAUUAUGAUGAAUUAAAAAGAAAUCUUAUACCAAGACAUCCUCAGGAACAUCUACCAUGUAUCUUAGAAAUCCAUGCAGGCGUUGGCGGUGACGAAGCAACAUUGUUUGCAACAGAAUUGCUAAGAAUGUACCAAAAAUAUGCAAUAGCAAGAAAUUGGAAAUAUGAGAUAUUAUCAAUAAACAGAAAUGAAGGAAAUGAUGGCAUUUUAGAAGCUAUUAUGCAAUUAGACGGUCCAGGAGCAUUUGGAAAAUUAAAAAACGAGACAGGUGUUCAUAGAGUUCAGCGAAUUCCUAUCACUGAAUCUAAAGGAAGAAUUCAUACUAGUACUAUAACUGUUAAUGUUUUUCCAAAAGUUGAUCAAGACAAAAACUUUGAUAAAAUCGAAAUGAAAGAAGUAAAAAUAGAAGUAAUGAGAUCAAGAGGAGCAGGAGGACAACAUGUAAAUAAAACAGAAUCAGCAGUAAGAAUGACUCAUUUGCCUACCGGAAUAUCUGUUUCUAUGCAAGAUUCUCGUUCGCAACAUCAAAAUCGCUCAAAAGCUCUUAUAAUAUUAAAAUCCAGAGUUGCUGCCUUAAGAAGUGAAAAAAAUAUAGAGCAUAAAAGACAACAACGUAGAUCCCAAAUUCCUUCAGCUACUCGACCAGAUAAAAUUAGAACUUAUAAUUUCCCGCAAAAUAGAAUAACAGAUCAUCGCUGUGGUUAUAGUUUAUAUGAUUUAGAAGAUUGUAUGAAUGGAGGGAAUGGAUUAGAUCCAUUAUUUGAUGAGUUAGAACUAUGGGCAGAACAAAUGAAAUUAAAGAACUAUUUUUGA